AUGUUUUCAAGGGCGUUUUUCUUCGAAACCUUCUUCUUCUUCUUUUUCUUUCGCAUUAUCCUUAGACAAUUUAGGAACCCAAAAGGUCUCCAAAGAAGUUUCAGCAAUGCCCAUCUAACCAAUGGAAAAUAUCAGAAGUAUGCUUCUCUUGCUCAUAGAUCAGACUUAUCAAACAAAACUUUGGUCUUUAAUGUGGAGGGAACCUUGCUGAAAUCCUCCUCUUUGUUUCCUUACUUUAUGCUUGUGGCUUUUGAAGCUGGAAGCUUAUUAAGGGCUCUUGUUCUCUUUCUUUUAUACCCAUUUAUUUGUUUAGUUGGUCAAGAUAUGGGCUUGAAGAUAAUGGUAAUGCUUUGCUUCUUUGGGAUAAAAAAAGAGAGUUUUAGAGUUGGAAGUGCUGUUUUGCCAAAGAUUUUCUUGGAGGAUGUUGGGUUAGAGGCAUUUGAAGUGUUGAAAAGAGGAGGGAGGAAAGUGGCUGUGAGUGAUCAUUUUCCUCAAGUCAUGAUUGAUAGUUUCCUAAGAGACUACUUAGAUAUUAACUGUGUUGUUGGGAAAGAGCUAAAGACGGUUUGCGGGUAUUUUUCGGGACUCAUGGAAGAGAAGAAGAAAGGCAUGCUAAAUUUUGAGGAGAUACUCGGAAAGGAGAAUAUUACUAGUCACGAUAUAAUUGGCAUUAGUCGGUUCAAUAGAUCUCUUGAUCAUCCUUUAUUCUCUCAUUGCAUGGAGAUUUACUUGGUCCGAAGAAUAGACAAGAUCAGCUGGCAACACCUGCCAAGAGAAAAAUACCCCAAACCGCUUAUUUUCCAUGACGGUAGACUUGCUCUGAGACCAACCCCACUGGCCACUCUUGCAUUACUCAUGUGGUUCCCUUUUGGCUUCGUCCUUGCCUUGAUCAGGAUCGUUGUGGCUUUGACUCUUCCACGCAAAAUAUCAAUACCCAUACUGGUUUUCUCCGGGUUCAGAAUAGUAAUAUCAAAACCCAAAUUGUCUCGUUCACUUCAAAACUCGAAAGAAAAUAAACCAGAAAAAGGCCUCCUUUAUGUUUGCAACCACAGAACAUUACUAGAUCCCCUGUACCUUUCUUUUGUAUUAAAGAAAAAUUUCACUGCUGUCACAUACAGUCUUAGUAGAUUGUCAGAGGUACUAUCACCAAUCAGGACCGUCCGAUUAACACGUGAUCGUGAACAAGAUGCAAAGAUGAUGGAGAGACUAUUAAGUCAAGGGGAUCUCGUGGUUUGCCCAGAAGGUACCACAUGUAGGGAACCAUACCUCUUGAGAUUUAGCCCAUUAUUUGCUGAGAUGAGCGACGACAUAGUCCCUGUGGCUUUGGACACCCAUGUGAGCAUGUUUUAUGGCACAACGGCUGGUGGGCUCAAGUGCCUAGACCCACUUUUCUUCCUCAUGAACCCUCUACCAAGUUACACUAUUCGGUUGCUUGAUGUCGUAUCUGGGCUGUCCACAUAUCAAGAUAGUGAAAAAUCAAGAUUUGCUGUUGCCAAUUAUGUGCAGGGUGAGAUUGGUAAGGCGUUGAGUUUUGAGUGCACAAAGCUUACAAGAAGAGACAAAUACUUGAUUUUAGCUGGCAAUGAAGGCAUAACUUGCAACCAACCGUAA